GUGACGAUUUACACAGGCGGUCCCCCUGUGAAGUGUUUAUUGUCUGAAUUACAGGCGUUUUGAGCGGAGGGAGCUGAGGAUGCUACGUCUGCGCUGCAAGGCCAAGAACGGCACACACCUGAUGCAAGGUCUUACACACCAGUCCUGCGUGCAGGAGCUGAAGGAUAAGGUGGCGCAGCUGACGGGCAUCCCGUGCGAUGUGCAGAAGAUCAUGGUGGGCUACCCACCCUCCAGUCUGGAUCUCCACAACGGCGAUGCCCAUCUGAAGGACUAUCCCAUCAAGUCUGGUGACACGCUCAUUAUAGAGGAGGAGAAGAACAGGCCGAAGCCUGAGGCUGAAGCAGCGGCAGCGGUGGAGAGCAAAGCCCCCCGGCUGGAAUCCAUCGCCGUCCUGGUGCGCCGUGCAGUCCCGGCAGACAACUCGUGCCUCUUUACCAGUAUCUACUAUGCAGUGGAGGGUGGUGUGUAUGACCCAGGCUGCGCCCCAGAGAUGCGGGGCCUCAUCGCGCAGAUCGUAGCCAGCGACCCCACUGCCUACUCCGAAGCUGUGCUGGGGCGCAGCAACGAGGACUACUGCUCCUGGAUUCGGCGUGACGACACCUGGGGUGGAGCUAUCGAGGUCUCCAUCCUAUCCAAGUUCUACCAGUGCGAGAUCUGCGUGGUGGACACGCAGACAGUGCGCGUCGACCGAUUUGGCGAGGACGCAGGGUAUCAGCGGCGCGUGCUGCUCAUCUACGACGGCAUCCACUACGACCCACUGCAGCGGGAGGCUGAGGGCCAGCCGCCGCAGACCAUCUUCUCGGCGGCGGACGACGUGGUCCUGGCGCAGGCGCUGGAGUUGGCCGACGAGGCACGGCGGAAGAGGCAGUUCACGGACGUCAACCGCUUCGCGCUGCGCUGCAUGGUGUGCCAGAUGGGCCUGGUAGGACAGGCAGAGGCUCGUGUGCAUGCCAAGGAAACAGGCCACGCCAAUUUCGGGGAAGUGUGAUUGCCCGCCGGGAAAGGGGGGGGGUGGGGGGUCGCUGGGGAGUUGCAGUUGCUAGCGCUUUGCUCUGCUUUCGUCGGUAAAAUGAUGCACCUCCGUCAUUUGUCACCCAGCUUGUUUAGACUCGAGCUUAAAUGUCAUCUCAGCUUUCAGCAAAGCGAAAAAUGGAAUGGAAAAAAUCCUCAAUCUGGCUUUGAAUCUAAUGUUACAGAUCUUCUGUGUUUCCUUCUUCUUGCUUUUUGGCCUUUGGUGAAACAAUCCUAUAAUCAUGUAAAUCGUUUCAUUUCAGCUGGCUGAGUGACAGAUGAUUUGAGUGAAAACUUUUGUUGUUUUUUUGGGUGCUCCCAGAGUUCUGCUUCUGGAAUUACACAGCUAUGGAUUUUGCCAGAAACCAGAGCAAAAUGCAAGCACUGCUGAGUGCUCCCCCAGCCCUCAAACUUCCAGCCCACCCUAAUAACUCAUUCUGUGUUACGUUCUCAGUCUGCGCAAUCUACCUCACGUCACCUCACCUCCCCACUUGCCCCUCUGUGCUUCUACCAGCUCACAAGCUCUUCCACAAGGAAUAUGCUCCGUUUACCAUUUUUUUCCUCCUGUUUUUAAUAUUAAUGUGUUAUUUCUGCACACGCUGCCGAUUGUAUUGGGGGGGGCUGGCUUAUUUGAAGACAUACUGCUUCCGUUUCUUGCUGUAGCUGAAAACAGAUUCCACACCUUAUCCCAGAUUUUGUAAUGGCCUUACCGUACUGCAUCUCACCUCUCAGCAAUAAAUUAUUGCUGUGCCCUCCAUCUUGCCUGGUUUCGCAAAUGGUUGGACAUAGUUUCUGAGACCUAAAUGGUGAUUUGACAGUUAUAGUGGAGUGCUCAGAAGGAAGAGGCAUUUUGGCAUGAUUUUUGUUUGGCAAGAAAAAUAUUUAGCUAGUGAAAAGUGACUUUGUUUGGAAAAUGUUCUCAAGUUCUCCAGGUCUUAAUUGUAUGAGGGUCUGUUCAAGGAAAACCAGGCAUGUUUUCCCAUAAUUUGCACAGUAUAAGUGGUUAAUUUUUUCCACCCCAAUCCAUUGGGACUGUAAUGCUGCUGCGUUUAUUAUGAACUGGUAACUGCUGAUUUUAAAACUUGAGUAAUUGUCUAUAAAGGUUUCAUGAACAGUUGUUUCAUCUGACUUUUAAAUGUAUGCAAAUCACAUUUUUCAGUCCGUUUCUUGAAAUUGGAAGUGCAAUGUGACAAGCAUGAGAAAAAGUUUACCCUCUCGGUGCUUAAAGAAUCUUGGAGAGAAGGGACUUGAGGUCAGAAUUAGGUGGAUGGAGGGACGUUGGAAGAUGUUUCCAGAUUAGUAAUUGGUACUGUUUUGUAGGCAGCCUACCAUGGGGUGCUAGAGAAGUUUUAAUAGCUGGGUGCUACACUAGUUGUUUUGAAAGUGUGACUUUAUUUAAAUAUCCUGAACGGUUACAGGAAAUUGCGGGUGACUGUACUAUGAUCUAUGGAAAUCUGAACCGCUACAUCCAGGCAGUCAGCCAUGCAGGCCCGUGUGCCUGUGUGUAUUUUGCUUUUGUGUGUGGAUGUAUGGAGCCCAUCUGAGAGUGGAUUAGAUGAUACACUCUCUCCUCCUCAUCAAUUGAAAGUAGGAGUACUUGCGGCCAUAUAAAUCUGUUCAAACGGACUUUCAACUGGGAUUUCCCCUAAAUGUUUAAACAAAUAAGAUAAAUAAAUCAAUUAGCCAUUUUCUAAAAUUAAACUUUAAUAAAAUCUAAAAUGACUGGCUUACUGCGUUCCAGUUUGUUAGGGGGAUUUUCAUCGAUGCUGCUACCCAGAUAGUCAGAUAGGGCCUUUAAACGCUGGAUUCCAGUAAUUGGGAUGCAAGCGAAGCGGUUUCAGUACUGUUUGCUUAUGACAGCAUAGCACUUAUAUAUUUCUGUGCUAUGUUCAUCAACAAAAGUUUAAUUUAAUAGUAACCGAUGUGCUGUUUCAACUUUUUUUUUUUUGUUUUUACACACCUUGAUUUUUGACAUGGCAUGUAUAUGUGAUGUCAGAUGAUGAUGUCAGAUGAUGAUGUCAGAUGAUGAUGUCAGAUUCAGCCACAGUUUCUGUUUUUUGUUUAGAGUUUAAGUGUUCUGCACAAAGUGGCUUGACCGUUCAUGGUAAAAGUCGCCCUCAUCGGACACCGUAUAACAUGGGGAAAGAAAACUCCCACCUGGACUGCAUCUAAGCAAAGUUUUGUACUUCAGUGUCAGAAAAAUUUGUACCUUUGCUUGUCACUGAGGCUGAACCCUCACGGGUCUUCCAAUUGUACCCUAGCUGUAGGUAAUUGUACCUUUUAGUCUAAUUUAAGGUACAGAAAUGAACUCCAAGGAACAUCCCCAAGGUACAGAAAACACUGAUGUGCUCCCGAUGGUACAAAGAUGUUUCUCAUAGUCCAUUUAUAUAUCGUAAAAGGUACACAUACCCUUGAGGGUACAGCCCCAGUGACAAGCAGAGGUACAAAUUGGCAUUUUUUUUUCUGACAGUGUGUUCAGUAGACGCUGGGGUGUCCGUAAGACUUUAAAAUGAACAGUAAGCAUGAUGUCUGUGUGACUGGUAGAUUUCAUGAGUUGAUGAGACUCACUGGUGCAGAUAAUUCUCACUGCAGUACAAUCCUUUCUCUUACUCAUUCAGAUGGCUACACCUGGGCUUAGAUGUGAGGAAGUGGCUCACCUGUGGCUCUGGCAAGAGAACUGAGAUCGUUGAGUUGUCCAGUUACAAGAAUAGAAAUGCACAGCUGCUUCAGAGGUGUGGUUUCCCAAUUUCUGUGCCUGAAGCAUCAUGGAAACUGGAUCAGCUUGAAUCCUGGUUCUCUUCUUGAUGAACUAAGGUGAUUUUGAAGGGGGUGGUGCUUCUUGGUCGUAUCAUAGCUACCCGUUUGUAUAUUUUUGUCAUGGGUUUAAUUUGUGCUUCUUGUGUAUUGUGUGUCUAGAAUGGUUCACCUUGGUUAUCUGAUUAGCCAAGUUGCUGGUUUAUUUUAUGAGUCGAGUACACAGGAGGUGGAAAUAUCCUCAUCUUGGGCAAGAAACUGCAGCUCUGAAACACAAUCAAAUGUGGCAACCCUCUGUGAAAUGCCCAUGAUUUGUGGUCACCUAACCCACAUGGUACCCAGAGCAUUGUGAAAUGAACCUGCACUGUGUGCAUGUCCCAGGGGCCUUUGGUUGCCAUGCAUGUCUCUCUGUGGGAAAUCCCAGCCCUCGUCCUGCAGAGGAUUAGCACUGAUUGACUUGAUGUUAAACAUCCAGGGACUUUUUAGAGCCGCACUGUAUUAACUACCCAUAGAAAUCCUGCCCAAAAGAACCAGGAAUGCAGUGCGCUGGCCUGGCUUGUCGAAUGCAUUGGUAAAUAUGCAUGCCCAUUACUUAUUUAAUGUCAUUUAUGGUGAUCAGUACAAUUCCAUUUCGGUGGUUUGUGAAAGACUUAAAACAAAACAGUCUUUUAAACUUAUUUUGUAAGCCAAGAAGUUUUCAGUUGCUUAAAAUGAACAAAUCAGUGCCCUUUUUUAGAAAAAUUAUUGAUUUGUCAUUGCUGCCUUUUCAAUAAUGGAGUAGCUACCUUAACAUGAACUUGAGGAUAUCAGUUCGUUUUGCUUCACCGUUAUUAAUGGGCAGCAUCAAACGUUUAUUAGCACAGGAAUGGAGGUACCAUGCAGCAGUCCAGUUUGUUAAAGGUCAAUUAGAUGAAAAGCCUGUAUGUGGAUUAUGGCUGCAACCGGUCAUACUCUGAGUCUAAUCACACCUGAGUCAUUGUUGUGUGUCAUCACUAGAGAUAACAAAGGCCUGAGUGAUGACCUCAGUCUUUUUCUCCAUUUUUCCUUCCUCUCUCCUUCCACCCAAGAGUCCUUUUUACACAGAUCCACACUAGUGGAUCACAAAGAUAAGCCAGGCCAAGGUUCAUUGGCAUUGUACUGUACACAAGAUGGCACCGUGGAGACAGGAAGUCUGACCCUUACUGCUGAGGUUACAAGUACAGCAGGUUUUACAGAAUCUGUUUUAAUCAGCACCUGAAACGUCAGAUGAAGUUACCUACUGUCCACAAACAAACAAAACAAAAACAAGUUGAGUAGAACUCUGUAGUUCCCCUAUCGUGAUGCAGGGUCAGGUUCCAGGGAAUUCUGUGACAAUUGACAUAACAUGCUGUUCUCAGCAAAAAAAAUUUGCAUUGAGUACUAAACCUUUUUUUUUUUUUUAGAUAUAAUGUGUACAACCCGAUUUGUGGUUUCAGUUCUCCUUUGUCUUUUAAUUCCAGAAACAAACGACUGAAAAACUCGUUUUUGUAACUGGAUGUUGCACACUGCCGAUGACGCUAAUUUAAGCAGUAUUAUUUUGUAUCUCUGUAUAUGAACACAGGUUUGAAACUGAAUCACCAAUAAAAACAAAUGAUCCCGUAA